AUGAGUAUCACACUAGUUUCUGUUAAGAUUUCCUCUAGUGCUUUUACUGUCUUCAUCGCCGUAGCAUGUGAUUUAGGUCGCACGUACAAUGACAUAAAUCAAUAUCCGGUUUACCCGUGGAUACUAUCCAAUUACGAUUCGGCGGAACUCGACCUGAAGCAACCCGCGAAUUUCAGAGACUUGUCUAAGCCCGUUGGAGCGCUGAACGAAAAACGCCAGGCGUACUUUCAGGAGCGGUACACUCAAUGGGAGCACGACAAAAUUCCGCCAUUUCAUUACGGCACUCAUUAUUCUACGGCCGCUUUUGCGUUGAACUGGCUGAUUCGUUUGGAACCGUUUACAACGAUGUUCUUGAAUUUGCAAGGUGGUAAAUUUGACCACCCGGACAGGAUUUUCCACAGUAUCAAGGAAUCUUGGCAGAGCUGUCUGCGUGACACUCAUGACGUUAAGGAAUUAAUUCCGGAAUUUUUUUACCUCCCAGAAAUGUUAAUUAACAUAAAUGAAUAUCAGUUCGGCAAGCGGGAUGACAAUGAAAUCGUGAAUGACGUGAUUCUGCCACCGUGGGCCAAAUCACCCGAGCAUUUCGUCGCUGUCCAUCGUCAGGUAACGUCAAUUUGA